AUGUCAUCAACGAGCGAAAAUGACUAUGCUCAAGAUCGAUCAGAGUAUGAAUCAGAAGAUGUUGUUGCUUCACCUUCCACAAUUACUAGCAAACAACAAAAAUCAUCUCUAAACAAAAAGGAUCAACAACAAGAUCAAACGAUAUCGCCUAUGGUGGCUAAAAGAAUGUUAGAGGCUGUUUUGAACGGUGAUUUAGAUGUUGUACAUAUUCAACCUUAUUUUUCAUCAUUGGUAAGUCUGAUUCAAUCGGGUGAAGUCGAACUGGAACGUGAUCAAGCCGAACAAUUGCUAAAUAAAGUAUUAAUUACAUCUAAUUCGGCGAAAAAAACAAAUGAACCGGCAACAACAACCACAUCAACAAAAUCCUCAAUAAAUGAAAAGAAGAAGAGAAUGACAACAUCCACAUCAUCUUCAUUGAAAACAACAGCACACACAAGUUCAAAUGUAUCCACAACAACAUCUACACCAAUUCCUAUGGCUUUAUCGCCAGUCAAACAUUCCACUUCUCUAUCAAGUGACAAAACGAGAAAACGUACAAGUGGUGAACAUUCAACUUCGUCUCAUAGAAAAAAAGUAUCUCCAUUAUCUCACAGUAUUGCUUCAACACAUGCAACAAAACAUAUCUCUUCGUCAUCCUCUCGUCAUCCAAACAACGUAUCAUAUGUAGCGAAAGAUUUAUCAUCAAGAAAGAAAGAUAUUCAACAUUUCCACAGUGGACACUUAUCACGGUCAUCCUCUUCAUCAUCAUUAUCGGCCGCACGACCAAAAUCUUAUCAUCAUCAUUAUCACCAUCAAAAAGAUUAUCUAUUAUCACCAUCAAAUAGUGCAAAUAAAAAACUGAAACGGUCAUUCGUUUAA